CACACACACACAGGUACAGACAUGUAGCACACUCAGCUGUUCUGUAUAAAAGACCAUCCCUGGCUGUAGGGAGAAGCAGACAGACAGAGAGCAGGGAGAGACAGACUUCAUCACUGACUCCAGAUCUGAGGAGAAACUCAUCUGAAGAACCACUCACACCGAUGUAAAGAGGUGACUGUGAUCUCCUCAUACCAAUUGGCAGAACAGCCCAGUUCUGGCAUCACAAACAGGAUGAUUGAUUCUGCACAUUCUAUGGGAAGGCGUGAGGGAAUUUCUCAUCUGACGAAAAGAUGACUAGGACCCGCCCAGACCAUAGGAGACAUAUCAUAAGUGAACAAUAGAGGACACAUCUACUGACUUUUCAAACAGGUUGUCCCUGCAAGAAACGGAGGAAGACAUGGUAGAGAAUUGUGUCCCCCCUUAACAGUGUUCUUAGGACUCGUUUCCCACGGGUAAAGGCGUCUUUGCCGAACCUAGCAGGUGGAGCUGAACACUGUUUGAACCCAGGUCAUUCCGUGGUGGUCAAAGACUUUCAGGAGAAAGAGUUGGAACGACGCCCGUCGAUAUCAAGUUCUUCAAGACCACCCCCCCACUGCGGUGAAGGUUGCUGAGAGAGAUACCUGGAUCCACGCGUCGCACUGCAGACGAGCUCCUGAUCCAGGAGAAGAUGAAGCCUUGCCAGUCCCGGCGGUGCCGUGUGGCCCUCCUCUGCUUUAGCACAGGAAUGCUAAUAGGAACAGUAGGCUGUCUUCUUGUAGGAAACCCGACAGAGGGUCAAAUGAGUCCUGAGCCAAAGGGGCAAACACAGGCCUGGAGUAGUGGCCCAGAUGUAGAUGGUCACCGUAGAAGGAGAGCCCUGCUGGGCCUUCACAACCACGAGGACAAUUUGUUCUUAUCUAGAGCACAAAUGGUUGCCAACCUGACAUUCAAAGGAAAGGACUGUUGGGUGUGUGGGUUGAGUCCGGUGAAGGUAGGGGCAGGCUUCCCCCUUGUAGGAGUCCCGAUAGGGGUGAACUUUACUAUAGCGUUGGCAGGAAAAAUACCUUUUUACACUAUGACCAACAAUGUUAAGGUAUAUAAUCAACCCAAUGUAUUCUGUUAUGUGAGACCUGCUUAUGUUUCACUCCCACCCAUUUCAGUGGCUGGGGUGACGACUGCCCCUUGGUGUAUUAGGGGAUAUGGAGAUCACUAUUUGGGGGAAUUCAAAUGUAAUUGUACAAUGAAUAUUAAUGGAUCAAAUGCUUGUAAUUUAAAGGUGAUACAGGAGAAUGGUCAGGUUGAUAAGGAACCGUUUACAAUUUGGUUUGACAAACAUAGAACAACUCUGAGAGGAGCCCCUAAUGGCACCUACUGGCUGUGUGGUAAGAUGGCUUACCAUAGCCUUCCCCUGAACUGGGGAGGUACUUGUACUGUUGGGUUUGUGGUGACGGCAAUGAGAACCGUUCCAAACAAUGACCAGAAUCUGAAGGCUCUCUUUAGAGACUACAAACCUCCUGGGACGAGGAGAGAUAAGAGGUCUCUGGCUGACGGCACUCACACUCAGGCACCUGCCUCCAGGUUCUUUGACGGGUUUUUCCCUGGGUAUGGAGUUGCCGGUGCCCAAGACCAAAUUCGUGAUAUCUCUAGACACGUGGAGAAAAUUGGCAAUGCUACUCGAAAUGCCCUGGAACAAUUGAAUGGGGAACUAAAAGAAUUGGCUGAAAUGACUCUUCAAAACAGAGAGGCUCUUGACUAUCUUUUGGCAGCUCAAGGGGGCACUUGUGCAAUCAUUGGCGAUGAAUGUUGUACUUUUGUCCCAGGUCACUCUUCUAAUGUGACUGAUCUUGCCCAAUACAUUGCCACUGUUGCUAAAAAUUAUUCCCCACAACUAGAGCGGACGCUUGCAACUUGGUUGGAAUCCCUGUUGGGAAGUUGGGGAUCUCAUAUUGACCAAUGGGCUGCAGCGUGUGUUUUUGCUUAGUCUGCAUAAUUGUAUUAUUAACAGGCUGUAAGGCUAUCUAACAGGCUGUAAGGCUAUCUAACAGGCUGUAAGGCUAUCUAACAGGCUGUAAGGCUAUCUAACAUGCUGUAAGGCUAUCUAACAGGCUGUAAGGCUAUCUAACAGGCUGUAAGGCUAUCUAACAGGCUGUAAGGCUAUCUAACAGGCUGUAAGGCUAUCUAACAGGCUGUAAGGCUAUCUAACAGGCUGUAAGGCUAUUCUCCCAGUCUAAUACGGUCUCAGCAGCACUCGUGUUUAAUGCUCUUCAAGAGGAUGGUGAGUUGCCGAUGCUGGAUGAGCUUCCCUUUCCCACUGUAGAUUGAGACGAUGAGUAAUAACUGAAGGUUGUUUUUGUUUGACAAGUUUAGAAGGUUUAAAGUUGAGUUAAUCAUCUAUAUUAACACCAUUGUGAUAAGAGCUAUGGAAACAAUGGUUAAACAUUGAGCUACAAAUCCCUUGUGUGUGUAUUUUUUGAUAGAUUCACUCUCGUUGAUAGAAGUAUGAAAUGAAGCAUGUGUGUAAGUGUAUGAAGCACGUCUAUCGUUGUCUCUGAUUGGGAACCAUACUUAGGUGGCUUUUCCCCAACUAUAUGCACCUGACAGAACUGUUCGUUGUCGUUUUGCUCUUUGUUAUUUUGUUUCAGUGUUCAGUUUAAUAAAUAAUCAUGAACACGUA